UUCUUCCUCACUCCAGCCAGCUAGCCUUCUUCUUCCUCUGCUACUAGUACCAGUGCCUGUCCGUGCCUUCCAAGCCCGAGUACUACCAUUUCACUACCUCAGAAAGAGGUGGCUAGCAGGGCGCGGAGGAUGGAGCGGGCGAACACGGAGCUGUACCUGGAGAACCUGUGCAUCAUGCAGGCGAACGAGCGGCUCCGGAGGAAGGCACAGCUGCUGGCCCAGGAGAACGAGCAGCUCCUCGCCGAUCUCAAGCGCAAGCAGCAGCACAUGGCGGCCUCCUCCAGGGCGGCGCCCCAGAUGGCGAAGGGCGGCGAGCCGUCUGGCCAUAACGCGGCCAGCCUCAAGUCCGGCAAGCAGCAGCCCCAGUGACCGUGCCGGAGUCGCGCGCGUGCGUGCAUGCAGUCGUGGAAGCCGUACUCGUCUCUGUGAAAAAACUAGUAGGAGUAGUAGUACUCAGCAGAUUGUAGAUUAGAGCUGGCAUGCAUGCACGAUCGAGCUAGUAGUGAUUUAGUUCUACUUUUGGUGAUUUAGCAAGAGGAAGUGGUAGUGAUGGCAGCUAGCGCUUUUGGGGGUUGUAUUUGCAUGGCUUUGCCUUUGUGGCGCCAUUUCUUGUUUCAGUGUGAUGACCCUGAUGGUGGUGGGUACGUACGUAGCGUACCAGACUACCAGUAACAUGAAAGAUGGUUCACGUUA